UCCCUCACGGCUUCUUCUUCUGUGAGAGGCGAAAGCUAAUGAGAGUGAAGUGAAGUUUCUGAAAAACCAUAAGAAAAGCCAUGGCACCAUUGUUGGCCCUGCAAGAAGACCUGGAGGAGCUGAGACAAACCUUUCGGAGUGGAGCAACACGAAAUGUGGCGUGGAGGAAGGCACAACUCCGAUCUCUCGUCAAGCUCCUUCGCGAACAGGAAGAACAAAUCUUUGCCGUUCUCCAUGAAGAUCUAGGAAAGCAUCGCAUCGAAGCCUAUCGAGAUGAGGUAGGAGUCCUACUAAAAUCUUUGAAUCAUGCUCUGAGCAAUGUAGAGAAAUGGAUGGCGCCCAAAAAGGGCCAACUACCGUUGGUUUUCUUUCCGGCGACAUCUGAAGUGGUUCCUGAACCUCUUGGGCUUGUUCUUAUUUUCUCUUCUUGGAACUUCCCCCUCGGAGUGACACUGGAACCAUUGAUAGGAGCCAUAUCAGCAGGGUGUACAGCAGUUAUAAAGCCUUCUGAACAUGCUCCUGCAACCUCUUCUUUUCUGGCCAAAGCCUUCCCAAGAUAUAUGGACACUAAAGCCAUUAAGGUCAUUGAGGGAGGAGUAACCGAAGCAGAGCAUCUCUUAGAACAGAAAUGGGACAAGAUAUUCUUCACUGGGAGUACACAAGUCGGACGCAUAAUCAUGUCCGCAGCUGCUAAACAUCUUACGCCUGUUACCCUGGAGUUGGGUGGGAAAUGCCCUGUUGUCUUCGAUUCCGGAUUGAGCUCCUCUGACAGAGAGAUGGCUGUUAAAAGAAUAGUAUCAGGGAAGUGGGGAUGCUGCACUGGCCAAGCAUGCUUAGCCGUCGAUUAUCUACUUGUGGAGGAGAAGUUGGCAUCGACUCUGAUUGAUUUAUUGAAGAAGUCAAUCAAGGGACUCUAUGGUGAAAACCCAGCAGAGUCAAGGACUAUUGCAAAGAUUGUGAACAAGCAUCAUUUUAAGAGAUUGCGUAGAAUUCUCGAAGAACCAGGAGUUUCAGCUUCAGUUGUCCAUGGUGGUUCAGUAGAUGAAGAGAAACAGCUUAUUGAGCCAACAAUCUUGCUGGAUCCACCACAAGCAUCUGAGCUCAUGACAGAAGAAAUCUUCGGCCCAUUACUUCCAAUAAUCACAUUGAAGAAUAUUCAGGAAAGCAUUGAAUUUAUAAAUUCAAAGCCAAAACCACUUGCAAUCUAUGUCUUCACCAAGGAUGAAAUGCUGAAGAGGCAGGUGUUAUCAGAAACAUCGUCUGGAAGUGUAACAUUUAACGAUGUCCUCAUUCAUUACUUAGCUGAAGAAUUACCAUUUGGUGGUGUUGGUGAGAGUGGUAUAGGAAGUUACCAUGGGAAGUUCUCUUUUGACACAUUCAGCCAUCAAAAGGCUGUUCUUCGCAGACGCUUCUUCAUGGAACCUCCGGCUCGAUACCCUCCAUGGAAUGAUUACAAGCUUAAAUUUAUCAGGUUGCUUUAUCAUUUCGAUUACUUUGGGCUGCUGCUUCUGUUGACGGGGUUGAAGAGAUGAUUAUCAAAUCCUUCCAGCAGUUACUAUAAUACUUAAGAGGCCCCUACAGCUCCUGCAACUAAUAAAAACCAAUCAUUCUUUGACUAAGACAGAUGAACGGAUUUUGGAUGAUUCCAGCAACUAAUAACAGGGUUAUUUGGGGUUGAUUGUUUUUUCAAAGUUCAAACAUUUACAUCGUUCAAUUUCAGUUGUAUUUCAAUGUAUAAUAAGCAUAUCAGCUAUAAUGCACUUAUUUUUCUUUGGGCAGCUCUAUUGCUUUACAUUUUCUAUACCUGUUGAUAUGUUGAGAGUUAUAGAGCUUUAGUCCCCACUAAGUUUGUUCAGGUCCUCGGCGCCUUCAUAUGCUUGAGGAGCUAUUUCCACUAAUGCAAUGUUUCUUAAAUCAUAAUCAAAAUGGUUGAGUUGUUACCAAUCA